UCACACUGUACCCUACCCACCUUGCCAUUGCUUCACUGAAUAUAGAUUUAGAUUUUGAGGUUUGCCCCUAGACAAAGAUCUUUAUCUCCCAUUUAGCUCAAUGGAAUCCAUUUUCCCGUUUCAUACUCGUUGAAACAUGACAAAGUCAUACCUGUUUUUGGGAAUUUAGACCCAAUUGAGGGCUUUGUCAACAGAGCAAUGGCAUAAAGUCCAAACCUCAGAAGUCAUCAAUUUGCAGAAAAAUAUUUCAUCCCCUCAAUAUUCAAGUGUUGAACUCUCUCCAGAGUCGCCAUCAUCAUCUUGGGAUGAGCUGGUCUUUGCUAACUUUUGAUCCAGCAAAGGAGAACCUUCAAUUCAAGAUCUUCACUGAGGAUGUCCCAAAACCACUGAAAAUCGAUCUCUCCAUGGGUAAACCUAAAGAAGAGAAUCUAAAGCAAAAGCAAUACAUAGGAGUUCGAAGGCGACCAUGGGGAAGGUUCGCGGCCGAGAUAAGGGAUUCGACAAGACAAGGAAUGAGGGUUUGGCUUGGAACUUUUGAUAGUGCUGAGGAGGCUGCUUUGGCUUAUGAUCAAGCUGCAUUUUUGAUGCGAGGCCAGUUGGCUCUCCUCAACUUCCCAAAGGAGAGAGUUCAGGAGUCGCUUCGAGACUUGAAGAUGAGGUGUAGCUACAAGGAUGGGUAUUCCCCAGCUGCAGAAUUAAAGGAAAAACAUAAGAUGAGAGGCAAGUCAAGAGGUAGGAGAAAGAAAGGGAAAGACCUAAAUGCAGGAAAUGCCUCAUGGAUCUCUGAAAUUUCUGACAAUGUUUUGGUACUUGAAGAUUUAGGAGCAGAUCUGCUCGAUGAGCUCCUGAGUUCAUCUGAGAGCGCAAGUACUGGUUCGUAAAUUCCCUCAAUCUUCUAUUUUAUGGUCAUCCUUCCCACUUUGAUCUUUGUUCAUUUGUUUUCACAAUCAUCAUCUGAGAGUAAUAAAUCAAUACUAGUUCUAGCAGUAAAUUCGCAUUUUUUUUCUUUUUUUUUUAAUUGUUUCUUC